AAAAGCCAUAACGUUCAUAACAUCUGCUCUGACAUGUAAUCCAAUCGGAAGUGUAAUACUUUACCGUAAGAAUGAACACACAUGUUAAUCGGAUUAAGGACAGUGUCACCUACCAGGAUGUUUUAUCUAUCUGGGGACAAUAAUACAGGAACGGGGAGGACAGAUUUUCGAGAUUGAAAUGCGGUUGGGAUUUCACAAAUUAAGUUUUCCAUUGACUAAUUAGAGGAAUCCUUUUUCAAGAAAAAAAAACCCUCAAUGAUCCCUGUUUUUGAACAGACGUCAAAGACCUAGGAAGCUUCGUCCCGCGAUCUACGAGUGUUGUUAAUCGAACACCGUUCACAGAAAUGACAAAGACAAACAUUGGUCUAUUUUUAGUAAGAAAGUGGUCAUGGUAUCCAAAAAAAGUUUGCUUUUCCUACUUUUAUGUAUAUCCCUGUUCGUGUUCUUGUGUUCUUACUCUCUGUUACUCUACCACCAAAAGUCCAUUUUACCGAGGAUUGGCAGCAAAAUUCUAGAACUUCGCCGCACACAGAACGAGGAGAUGAAAGAAAUCGCCAGUCUGACAUUUCAAAAGCAUUCACCUAGUGUUACACCACAGGACGCCAGACCAGAUAGUUGUAAUGGCUGCUUUAAGAAUGAUUUUACCUAUCUGAUUAAUAACAAGAUUUGUGAAGGAUACACGGAAGUGGACGUACUUGUUUUGAUUCUGACCGGACCAAACAACUUCCAACAACGACAAACCAUCCGCGAAACAUGGGGCGCCCUCUGCACAAAAGAGCGCCAUAUUGCGUGUUUGUUUAUUCUUGGAGUCACGGAGGAUGCAAAAGUGAUGGAAAAAAUAAAAUCUGAAAACAUUAAUCAUUCAGACAUCAUCCAACUUGAUUUUAAAGAAAGUUACGGUAAUCUUACAUAUAAAACGAUGUCAGGCUUCCGGUGGUCACGUGACUUUUGUUCGCGCGCGAAAUUUGUGAUGAAAGCAGACGGUGAUAUGUACAUCAACUUGGAGCUUAUUCCUAUCUUGCUGAAAGCCGUACCUACGGGGAAAUUUUACGGGGGGUACUGUUGGGGUGAACAGAGCCCACACAGGGAUAAAACUUCUAAAUGGUUCGUCUCCCUCAGGAGUUACCCUCAUAAAAAUUUCCCGCCAGUUUGUUCAGGGACCGCUUACAUCCUAAACUCAGAGUUUCUAAUCGGUUUGUUAAACGUAAGUAGAAAUUUUCCAUUCUUUCAUUUGGAAGACGUGUUCAUAGGAAUGGCAGCAAAGGCCUUAAAUGUGAGACCGAUGACCUUGAAAGGAUUCUCAAACAUACGCACUAAAUUUACUCCUUGUUCCUAUAGAAACGAGGUCAUGACCUCACAUUAUGUUGACGCUAAAACUCUGAGACAAUACUGGACAAAAAGCAGGGACUGUACCUUGAAAAGCUAUAAACCUGAAGAACUGUACAAAGUCAAUAAAGUAUGACAGACAGACAAAAGUCAUGUAAAU